AUGUCCAGUGAAAAGAGCUCAUCCUCCAAUAUCCUUACCACUACUUCAUCAUUUUACAUAAGCGAGCAAAGGUAUGGGAUCACAAUGAAAACGUCAGUUCUUCCUCUUGCCAAGAAUGCAACCCUUAAGAUUCAAUCAAACACUCCCUGUCGCAUUAAUUCAGACUUUUGUCAUGGUGGUCGUACUCUCGUUGCAAAUACGAUCUGA